AUGUCUUUAGAUUACGAAAUCUACAAAGAAGGCGGUACACUGAACGAUAGAUAUCAGAAAAUUGAAGAUUUGAGCGAGGGAUCUUACGGGUAUGUGUCGCUAGCCAAGGAUCUAAAGUUAAAAAGGCUAGUGGCUGUUAAAUACAUCUUUAAGCUUGACGAAGAUGACGACAAUAACGAUUGUAACGACGCGGACAAUUCUAGAAUUGAGGAAUUGCCUGAUGGAGAUAUUAACAAGAACAAUGAGUUCGAGAACAACAAGGAGAAGGAGAAUAGUUCCCGGGAAAAGAAAAAUAUGAUGAAGUAUAAGAAGUCACUAAUUUCUUCGAAGAUCAGAUCCAGGUUGUCCAAUAACAUUUGUCUUGAAGCAAUGUAUGAGGUUGAUAUUCAAACCAAGAUUGGGUUCCACGAAAACAUUGUUCAAUUAUAUGACUUUUUCGACUCUUACAUUAUCAUGGAAUACUGUUCAGGAGGUGAUUUGUAUGAAGCCAUCAAAGAUGAUCUUGUUCCAAAGAAGACCAAGGAGAUUACUCAUAUAUUAACUCAAAUCCUUGAUGCAAUUGAAUUUGUACACAACAAACAAAUUUAUCACCGUGACAUCAAACCAGAAAACAUCUUAAUCACUAGCUUAAUCGAUUGGAAGAUCAAGCUAACAGAUUGGGGUCUGGCUACAACGGAUGAAAAAUCUUAUGACAGAAAUGUUGGUUCUGAGAGAUACAUGCCCCCAGAGUUGUUUGAAAGUAACUUGGAUAUUGAUGAAAGAAAAGAACCUUAUGACUGUAGCAAAGUUGAUUUAUGGUCCAUUGGUAUUGUGUUUUUGAAUGUUGUCUUUUACAAGAACCCUUUUAGAAUUGCUGACCAAUCUGAUAAAUCCUUUUGUUAUUUUGCAUCCAAUAGAGAGGCGCUUUUUGAUGUCUUCUCGACGAUGACAUACGAUUUCUUCCAGGUGCUAAGAUACAGUUUGACCAUCGAUCCAACUAACAGAGAUAUCCAAAAGAUUAGAGCUGAAUUGAAGAAUCUCUCCCAAUACACGCUUGACGAUAAUUACUACAAUGAGGAAUUGGACAGGGAAGAAGAAGAAGAAGAAGUCGAAGACAUUUUCGACAAGCCUCAAGCACCUCCUUCAUCUGCUCCUGUAUCUCUUCCUACUCCAGUUUCCUCAUCGAAACCACUUCCAAAAUUGCAGGAUGAUUUCACAUUUCUUCAGUCAUCUCCUACUGAUGUGGAUGAUGGAAUCAGUUAUGAUCCUCAUGAGGAAAAUGAAAGGGACAACCAGUUCCAGCAUGAUGAGAAGCCAGAUGUGAUUCAACCAAAAGUGGAAGAUAGCCAUGGAGAAGUUAAAGAAAGGGCCAAAUCGGUUCCUAAAUUUAGAUUCCAAAAGCGCUCAAAGAAGCCUAUCAAAAACAACAAUAACAAUUUCUACUCUGUUGGUGGUAGUAAGGCUAUUAAGAUUGAACCAAGACGUAGGAGUAAGAUCAUCAAAAAUUCAAGAAAACCGUUGGGAAUUCCGACACCAAACACUCAUAUCAACAACUAUAUGUCAGAAUAUGAAAGCAAGAGAGAUGAAUUCUUUCAUACUCGUCAAUUCUUUACACCUCCAAGUGUUCAGAACAGAUACAUGGAAGGUAUAUUCAAUAAAGGAUAUAAUAAUAGUAGAUAUCAAAACAAACAAGGAAACGGAAAACAUUGGAAUAACAAAUACUUCAGUCAUCAUAACGGACAACACCAAAACGGUAAGUCCAACUCAAGGAGAAGACCAAGUUCUGCAGGUAUCAACUAUAAUGGCAAUGUUAAAAAUGUUUUUCCACGCUUUGUACACAACAGUAAUUUGAACCCAAAUUCAGGUAGAAGAAGCUCCGUUCACACUGUGCAGCAUUCUCCAGGAACUUAUAUUCCUCCAAAUGCAAGACAUGACAUCAAAAACAACGCAACUGGUCAUAAGUACAGUACUUCACAUAGUGCAGUCUCAAACGGCUUGCCUUACAGCUCCCAUAAUAAUCAUGUCCCUGACAUCUCAACAGUAUUGGAUUCACAUCACGAGACCGCUAAGGUUGAUCUAGGUAACCUAACUGCUCAGGCCUACCGUCAACAUAUUGGCAGAGAAACAGAUCAUUUCAACAUGAGAAAUGGGUUUGAGAUGGAUGACCAUGAGCAUGAUUCAGAUGAUAUCUUGUUUUCACUUGAUGAAAAUGAACACGAUUCAUUUGUUGAUGAUAUGCAGCACCUGUCCUUGAGCAGCCAUACAGACCAUCCUGAACCGGAUUCUCAUACAUCUAACGGAUUCAUUAGGAAUGAUCUUCCACCUUUAACGAUCAAUGGUAUAAUGAAUAGUAUCUCGACAAGAACAUCAACACCAUCGUCUACUAGAUCAAGACGUUCAAAUGGUGGUAACGAUUUACCGGAUUUGUUAAAAUCACCAGUUCUUGCCGAAACUCCUUUGAGCAGUAUCCACAAUGGUGAUCCAAGACCUGCUAUUAACGUUAAUGGAAAUCCAUUGUUGGAGAACAUUAAGCAUCCACAGCAUAUGCGGACUUAUGGUGUGAAAAUCCCUAGCCUGGAAACACCAUCAAAACAAUCUCAGGAAAGACAAUUUAAACCUGGUGUUUACGUUCCACCGCAUCAGCGCAGAAGUUUCAAUUUAGGUGCAGGCACCGGAAUGAAUAACAGAGCGCAUAUUAUUAAUGGAACAAAUGAGGCCACCUUAUCUGUGACACCAAACUCUGUCCAAUAUGGAGGCGCCUAUAAAAACCGACGUGGAAGCCUUCCAGCUAGUGCUUUCGGCGGCUAUAACCGCAGGUAUACCACUGGUAAUUCAGCUCAUCGCCCUAACAUUUUACAGCAUGACAUAUAUGAUAGAAUGGAUAACGAUGCCCUUGAAUUCGAAGACGAUGAGCCACCAUUUCAAAAUAGAAAUCAUCAUAGAAGACACAAUUCUAAAAGAAAAGAAGUGCCUGAUAUGUCCAACACAUCAAAUACCCCUGAAGAAAAAACAAUGUUUGGCCCAUAUGACAUAUACUCGAAGACCAAUGGCCAGAACUACCCGAACGCUAGAAAGUCUAGUGUUCUUCAAGAAGACAUGGUGGGAUCUUUAGAACAGUACAAGAACUACUGGUUGAUGCUACAACAACAACAAGAUUAA